AUGCCCCGUGAUCAAAUUUCAUAUUCUGACAAGUAUUAUGAUGAGCAGUAUGAGUAUAGGCACGUGAUUCUGCCCAGUGAUGUUGCAAAACUGGUACCCAAGAACCAUCUCAUGACAGAGACUGAGUGGAGAAAUAUUGGUGUCCAGCAGUCGCCAGGAUGGCUACACUAUAUGGUUCAUGCACCAGAGCCACAUAUCCUGCUGUUCUGA